AUGCGAUCGUGUCAGAACAGGAGAUUUCAAUGGCAGAGGCUGCACUAGAAUUCCACCUUUCUUCAGAUGAAAUAGGUAGUUUAUCGGAUCUAUCUGUAGAUGAAGACGAAUCAGCUGCGGUGUUGCCUCAUCUCUCCAGACCUGAAAAAAUUUGCUCGAAUAAGGAUAUUACACAAGAAAGUCAUGGAAAAGUUGAAAAGUAUUGCUCUAAAUGUGAUCAAUUUCUUUGUUUAAAUUGCGUUAAAGCACAUCAUUUGACAAAGCUUACUAGAAAUCAUUUUCUUAUUGAUUAUAAAGGAAGUUCAAAGAGCAAAUCCGAAAAGCCAUUGAGUAAUUCAAAGAGAGAAUGUUGUUCAAAACACAACAAUGUAAUGGAUGAAAACUUACUGAGAGAUAAUUAAUUUUUAAAACAAAAUUUUUAUCAAUAGUUCAUUGUAGCUUAUUGAAUAUUUAAAAGUUAAGAUUUCUUCUCUAAAUUAACAUCUUCACGAUAUUAUAUAAUAUUAUGAUAGAUGGUUUUUUAAAUAAGAGAGUCACAUAUCAAAGAGAACAUAGUAUUGGCAAUAGAAAAUAUAAAUAAUUUAACAUAGAAGGAGAGAAUAUUGCAUAAAUCAUUUCCUCCCUCUCUCUAUCAUAGUUUGUUGAAAUAUUUCCAAAGUAAUUUAGAAUGGAACAGUAACGAAGAAAGAAGUUUCUCGUUUUUCUUCCCAGUUACUUCAAAGAUAAAGAAAUAUUCUUUUUCUUUUUAGCUCUUUUUCUCCUUUUUUGACGCAUUAAGCUGUAGUAAACAGAUAAAUACUGAAAAGUAGUUCUUUGAUACGUUCUUCUUUGAAUAGUUUUAAGAAGGUUUCUUUUUUUUUUGCAUAAGGUUCUUAACAAAGUUUUUUUUCUUUAAAUUUUAAUUAAAAUGUGUUUUUCUUUUCCUAAACGUACUUUUUCAUCCAUUAAUGAAAAACAAAAUAACCAUCAAAGACUAUAAUUAAAUGGUGGUGCUUUCAAUGCAACUCUGCUAUAUGCGAUGAGUGCCUUAAAUCAACAGGAUUUAAUCAUAUGAGUCACAAUGUCGCUGAUAUAGAAGAUGCUGCUCAUCUUCAUAUUGAACGACAAUCCGAAUUGACAAGCGAAUUAACGAAAAAGCUAGCUGAAUGUAACGGACAUAUCCAUGUAGCAUCUCAAUUACAGGCGGUAUUAGAGAACAAUGCUAUUGAAGUUGGCCAUCAGAUAGAAACCUUAACGACUACUCUACAUAACCAAAUUGAAGCGCAAAAACAACGUCUUCUACAUAAAAUUCAUACAACAAGACAACAAAACGUUAUGGCUCUUCAACGCCAUCUAUCAAAUUUAGGCUCAUUUCAAAAGAACCUCCUAUAUGUCUACAGAAAGCAUUGUGACUCUUUCGACAAUCAUAAUACCAAUAGUGAGAUUUUAAAUUUUGGGGUAGAGCUGAAAAAUAUUUUAGAAUAUGAUACAAAAUUUGAUUAUGAAACUAAUGUUAUCACUUUAAAACCUGCAACAUUUGAAGGCGGCCCAUCAAAUUUAAUAGGAAGUUUACAUAUUCAAAAUUCUCCCCUCUUAAGCUCGGAUACAAAUGAGUCUCAUUUAUCGCGCUCUUUUCCAAGAAGUUAUUUAGAAAUAGGAUUAAACAAAAGCAAGAAAAAAUCGUCAGUAGAAUUACCUUUGUCUAUGUCCCUCUCCUCAUCUUUCAGAAGACAUUCCCUAUUUAAGAGAAAUGUCUGUCUUAAACCUAUCUUUCAAUUUGACAUUUACGACAGCCUACAACUUACAUGUCUCUUACUCUAUGACAAGCAUCAAAUAUUUUUAACUGGUCGAAAAGGUGAUAUUGGUAUCAUGCAGAUAUAUGAGAAGCAAGGGAAAUACCUUAAAACAAUUUUGGAUUCUGGUGAUGCCUUUCAAAUGGCUGGAAAUAGGAAAAACUCAAAAAUUUUUAUUACUGAACCAGAUAAACGUAUCCUCACGAAGAUGAGAUCAAAAGAUUUUAACGUUAAAACAUUGGUAACUAAUAAACGGGUAUUAGGCGUCACAGUUAAUAGCGAAGCUGACGUUAUAUUCUCAGAUGCAGAGACAAGAUGUAUUUAUAAAUGCUCUAAUAAUGGUCAAAAUAUUAAACUACUAAUCAAGAGUGAAGGAAUCAAUCAUUCGUUUAAAAAACCAGUUUAUUUGACAACAGAUACAAUGGAUAAUAUUUAUAUUACUGAUAUAGAAACAAAUCACGUCAUUUGCUUCAGACAAAACGCAGAAAUGCUUUUUAAAUAUGGGGGCCCAAAGCAUUUAAACAAACCUGGUCAAGUCUGCAUUGAUAAAGAUGGAUUUGUAUUGGUAGCAGAUGAAAAUAACGAUAGGAUUGUUUUAUUAGACGAUCAAGGAAAGUUUGUGAAAGUUUUACUCGAUUCGAAGAAUGAUUUAUGCAAACCGGUUUGCCUUGCGUUAGAUUUUAUUAAGCAACCCCGCCUAUUUGUUGGAGAAAGUUGUGGGGUUGUAAAAGUGUUCAAAUAUUUAACAAAUGAGGAUAAAGAAAAUCAAUAAUUUAACAGUUUCCCCUCCUAUUACGAUAUUAUAACGAUAUGGAAUAUAUAAUGAGGAUUACGAGCUGUUAGACUCUAAUUAUAUACAUAUAUUAUAUACAAACGAACUUUAGUCCUAAAACGUAAUUAUCCACUAACUUAUAACAUUAAAUGAUUUAAGGUGUGACAAUAUGAAAGUCGCUCAUUAUCAAAAGUCACGUGUGUUGUGCUUAUUUUGACCUAAUAAAGAACAGGAGAAUAUAGAAUUUAGACGUACUUGUAUUUCAUCCCUUAUUCUUAUCCAUCCAGCUCUCUUUUAAUAAUCAUUAUGUGGAUCUUAUUAGCAUAAAGAAGUAUUAACUUUAAAUAUUAAACAGGCAGUUACAUAUUUCAGCGAGCGUCUUGCUUUUGUUCGUUAUUCUUUAGAGUACCUAUAUAUUUAGUAUUUACUUUUAUUCUAAUGGAUUACAUAUCUAUUCUAAUGUAACAGAAUUAUUAGGUCAGUCAGGAGCAUAUAUAAAGUAUUAGUUUAAUCAAUAUUGUAAAUUUUCAAUAAUCAGGAUCUCUAGGAAUUAAGCAGCCGUCUGGUCUACUGAUUAGAUUUUAGUCUUUUUAUAAUAUAACAGCCAACGUUUAUGGGGUAGAAACACUUAAAUGUUUAAGAAUCCUCAACAAUCAAUUAUCAAUAAAGGAGAAGAAUGAAGUAGGCUGUUUAUGUCAGCUCUUCUUAUUCCAACAGUUUACUAUUAACUUAUAUACAUAUAAAAAGAAAGAGGAAUAACCAAAAACAAAACAAAAAAGUACAUUUCUUUAUUUACAGUUCAAUAUUUUGGCUAAAACUGUUUACCCAGAGAACGCAUUAGUGACGACGAGUGAUGUAAACAGUAAAAU